AUGAAGGUCACCCCAGAGGAGGAGGAACGGCUGGCUGCACUACCAGAGGACAAGAUGAUCGAUGCCCUGGUCAUGCGCAUGCCAAACCAAAGCCGAGAGCAGUACGAGCACUUCUUCCUGCAGCUGUCCUUCAUUGCCUCCACGACGACACGCCUGAGGGGAGCUCUGGAGUGCGGCAACCCGGACGUGGUUGAAGAAGCCCUGGACAGUGCAGAGAACGUCGGAGUCUUGCAAUACCUACUCCGGAUGGCGGUUUCGCAAGCAGGGGGCGAGGUCACGACCAUCGCGGAUCUUCAUGAUCAGUGGCUGUCGGACACGGAGAAACGGAUGAUGCCUCUUCUACAGGCGCAGGCCACGUCCAUGGCCACGCAGAAAGCUCUUGCACAAGCACGAGCCCUCAUAGGCGGCUACAUGAACUUCGCCAAGGACACCGCCCAAGCCUUCCUGACCAGAGCCGUGAACUCUGGCGAGGAGGCGCACGUGGCCUUAGCCUUCCUAGGCUGGAAAGAGCACCUCAAGUGGCAGCAGCACGAAGCGGAGCUUCGCCGAGAUGGCGAGGCCAAAGUGGCAGAUGCCGCAAAGAGGCUGCAGGACUACAAAGAUUCGCAGCUCCACCACGUCCACACCGUGGUGCACAGCGGCAUCAAGGACAAGGACAUGGCCCUUCUUGGCUCUUGCUUUGCGGCGAUGCUCUCGGAGGCGACCGCAAGCAAGGAUUUCAAGUCCACGGCCAGCGAGGUCGAGGAGCUUCAGAAGAAGCUGCGUGGUUUCUCCGAUACAGCGGCACUGAAGGCCAAGCGGGUUCUCAGCCGCAUGACGGACGAAGCCACAGCCGGGCUCCAGGCUUUUGCCUUCAAAGCUUGGAUUGACUUCAAGUUCUCGGAGAAGCAGGAGCGUGAAACCAACGUUGCCAUCAAGGCUUCCAAGGAGAAGUUCGCCAGUUUCACCGCGAAGCAAGCAGCCGGAGCCAAGGCCGUUCUGCAGAGGAUGUGCGGAUCCAACGACACCAGUCUCCUUCAGAUGUCGAUUCAGACCUGGCGAGAG